AUGCUGUCACUAAUCCUCGUCUUCUUCUACCUCUUAUUCUGCUCGAUAUUUGGCGUCUACGCCAUGCCAGCUGGCAAGGCUGGGUCCCAUCAUUUCAAGAGACUCGAGCAUCUCCACAUGCGUGUCCACAGCCUUCGCCUCUCUCGGCCUAUCAAUGUCAAGAUGGACGAGCCAGUGCAGAGUCCAGGGAGCUGGUCGGAGAGCCGGCUUGAAGAAGGCCUGCUUUACAAGGACGUCGAAUCAGAAGAAGAAGUCUUGCUAGAGAGCUUUCCCGACGAGCUGUCGACGGAUCCUCCUCCGAAUGCUACUCUAGAGCUUUGCCUCUUCGUCAAGCGCUCUCCUCGCCAUCGUACCACAGAAGAGCGCGCGCGCGCGUCAACAACUUACACAAACCUCCCCGUCAAGAUGCCUUCGCCGCGACGGAUGCGCCUCCUGAUGGUGGCGGUCGUCAUCACCGUCGUCGUCAUGCUCUUCUACAGCUCGGGCAUGGAGCCAGAAGCCGACGCCGCCCUCAAGGGCUUCUACGAGAAAACAAAAGAGGCCAUGGAGCGAGGGACGGCGCGCGGGCAGGCAGUCAUCAAUUCCCAGACGGGCCAGAGGGCGGGGCACAUUCCCGCCGACAGGGACGGCGACGGCGACAUUGACGACGACGACAGGGUGGCUUCGCAGGAGCUGCAGGAGCGGCUGCAGGCCGUUGCGCAGGAGGCAAAGGACAAGGCCAACGAGAAGAGCCCGAAGCCGGACAUCCCCAGCAGGAUCGUGGGCGUGGGCAGCUCGGCCGAAGGACAGGCGAAGAAGGGCCAGGUCAAGGUGGGCGGUGGCAGUGAUGUAGGGGACAGGGUCAAGACGGAUGUGACCAAGGAAGAGACAAGGGAAGAGCACGAGGCCGAGGUCGAGAUCAACAGCAUCUUGAAGAAGUCACCCGUCAUCAUCUUCUCCAAGAGCUACUGCCCCUACUCGAAGCGCGCCAAGGGAAUUCUCCUGGAAAAGUACAGCAUCACUCCGGAGCCGUUUGUCGUGGAGCUGGACGAGCACCCGCUCGGCCCCCAUCUCCAGGACUAUCUCCUGAAGAAGACGGGGCGCAGAACCGUGCCCAACAUCCUGAUCAACGGGGUGAGCAUUGGCGGCUCCGACGACAUUGUUGCGCUAGACAACGAGGACAAGCUGGUUGGCAAGGUGCGCGAUCUGGGCCAGGCUCGCAUAGAGAUUAGCCCGCGCUUCACCAAGGGCGAGCAUCAGUGA